AUGCUUCCAUCCUUUGUGAGCUUCUCCGGCUUAUACAGCGGCUACCUCCGUCGCUGUUUCACCGGCUCCGGUCUCUUCUCUCAAAAAAUAGAUAUCGACAACGAAACAUCUCUCCACGUUUGGGGACCAACAGAUCAAUCCACACACAAACAAUCUCUAGUUCUGAUUCACGGAUUCGGUCCUACAGCCAUAUGGCAAUGGCGUCAACAAGUUCAAUUUCUAGCUCCACAUUUCAAUCUCUACGUUCCCGAUCUAAUUUUCUUCGGCGAAUCAACAACGAGAUCGGAGAAAAGAUGCGAGCAAUUUCAAGCCGCAUCGGUUGCGAAACUGUUGGAGAAAUUAGGGUUGAAGAAGUGCCACGUGGCAGGGACGAGUUAUGGCGGUAUUGUUGCUUAUAAUUUGGCGAAAAUCUUAGGGGAAGACAAGAUUGAAAAAGUGGUUAUUUGUAGCUCUGGUGUUAAUAUGACGAAGAAUCAUAACGUCAAGUUGUUGGAAAGAGCUGGAGUGGAGAAAAUUGAGGACCUUAUGUUGCCUACGUCUCCGCAAAGUUUGAGGAAAUUGAUGACACUUGCUGUGGCCAAAAGAAUCGCUUUCAUGCCUGAUUUUCUCUUGAAUGACUUCUUAAAUAAAUUAUACACGGAAAAUAGGAAGGAAAAGAUGGAGCUUCUACGUGGCCUGUCCCUCGGAAAGAUUGAUACGUCAAACAUUUCACCUCUUCAACAGGAAGUUCUCAUAAUCUGGGGUGAAGAUGACAAAAUAUUUCCUGUGCAGAUGGCCCAUGAACUGAAAGAGGUAAUCAGUAAAAAGGCAAGAAUAGAGUUGAUAAAGGAGGCAUCCCAUGUGCCUCAAACUGAAAAGCCAGAGGAAUUCAACAAUAUUAUUUUAAAUUUCUUACGUUCAAGCUCUUAA